GGAAAGUUGUGCUAACAAACAAGUGGUUAAUGAUUACCACAAUCCUAAAAUGUUCGAAGCUCAAUCCGGACACAGAAAUAUCAAGCCCAGAAAGAGAGAUCAAUUGCCAGGUUUCUUUUAGGCCACAAGUUGAUUAAGGUGGUUCAGGUAUGUUAGAGGCCAAGGAAGUGUAUUCGUUCUUGCUCUUUGUGAAUGGGUGGUUGUGUCAGCUCUUCUCCCCCUGCUCCCAACCAGUCCUCCUAUCUACAAGCAGUCUCAAUACCCAACAGUAUCUUGGCAAAUGGUACUUCAUUGCAGCGGCUGGUGUGAAGGAGUCGGAUGUGCAGAUGUUCAGACAGAUGGACAGCACUGUGUUUUACCUGGAUGAGACCUCUGAAAAUGCACUACUGUUGACCGGAGCCAUGCGCGUGGGUGUUCAUUGCAUUAUGAAAAACUGGACCUACACUAUUCAGUCUGGCAAAGAUGAUUUGACAUCAGAAGGCAGGCCUGAGCUGCAAACUCUAGUGUGGAGUGGAGAGUGGCUGAACUGCACCCAGUGUAUCCUGCUGCAGGAGAUAGAGCGUCACUUGGACCCACUAGAGACACACGACACCCUCAACAGAUUCAUGCUUUACGCUCGUGACAGUGCCUUAUUGGAUAAUAAAGUGGUGACGGCGUUUCAGACCCAAACAGCUUGUAAAAACAUGGACAGAUUUGUCCAUCUCCCUCAAGAGAAAGAGCUUUGUAAAUUGGAGAAUAAGGUGUAGCACUGAGAGCUUUGUAAAUUGGAGAAUAAGGUGUAGCACUGAGGCUACCUGAUAUUUGUUGGAAUCUUCAAUCAAGAUCAUGCUAUGCAUCAAAAUAGGUUUCCUUUUGAUAGUUUAAUAUUAGCGUAUUGCCCACUAACUUUGAUCUAACUCAGAAACGUGGAACUAAUUCUCCUCUCAUUUCCCAUGUAUAAUAGCAAAACAAAUAAACA